CGAGGGGAAGACAGGAGAGAGAAAAAACGACGACGCCAAACGUACAAAGUUUUCUAUAUCUUUCAUUUUCUCACUUGUCCCUCUGCUAAAGCCCCCAUCCCAACUCGGCCAUUGUCAUUGUUUUAUCUCUCUCUCUCUCUCAGACUAAACCUAGGGUUUAUGUUCGUCCGCUUUGCUUCUUCGUUGUCGUCUUCGUUUGCUUCAAUUCCAAAGCUGUUCGCAUACGCUAAAUCGCCGUCGUCCUACUCUCCCUCUCUCUCUCUCGCCUCGUAGUUUUUUUUUCAUUUAAUUUGUUUCUGUGGAGUGGCUUAGGGUUUGAUGUUCGCGGAGAUUUGUGGCUGGAGGUGAGCUUCGAUGUCGUCGUCGUCUUCGUCGGCGAAGUUUUGCUUCAAUUCGACCUGUAAGAAUGUGUUCGACCGGCCGAGGAAAGGAUGGCGUCGCCGGACCGGCGAGUUCGCCGACCUUUGCGAUCGAUGCGCUUCUGCUUAUGAGGAAGGAAAAUUCUGUGAGACUUUCCACAUGAAUGCUUCUGGAUGGAGGUGCUGUGAGUCUUGUGGGAAGCAAAUACAUUGUGGGUGUAUAGUGUCAUUCCAUAUGUUUGUACUCUUGGAUGCUGGAGGAAUUGAGUGCAUAACAUGUGCAAGAAAAAGUUUCAUUUUGACACCCAAUCCUGCCUGGCCACCACCUUCUUUUUUCCUCCCUGUACUGCCUGAAAGGAUUAAAGACCUAUCUGGCAAGAAUUGGUGUCACAUAGCUGGAUCAGGUCCAGUGCCAUGGCGGCAAGCUCCCAGUAUGUUCAGUUCUUCGUCUGCUCAUUCUGAGUUACAUCCAAGGUUGCCUUUCGAAGUUGACAGACCAAGUGGCAUUGAUAGACUUAUUGGCUGUGAGCGACUAUCUGCCUCUUCUUUAGAAAAGAAGAAAGUAGAUGAUUCAUCUGAAAGAUUAAUGAAUGGCAGCAUGAAGCUUGGAGCAUCUGAAAUAGUUGAAAAUGGGAAUGCAGGAAUCAACUGUGGGGAGCGCACUAUUCCAUGUGUAAAUAUUCCUCAGAAGGCAUCAUUUCCAAGAAACAGCACAUCUAAUUCACAUUUUAGUUUAGCUGUAUCUUCUACACCAAUAAAUGAAGCAAAUGAUCAAACGAAGGUUUCUGGAACUCAUGUAUCACGCUUAACUCUGUCAACUGGAAUCGGGAAGCAGGUCACUGCGCAUAAUGGAGCUGACUCAUCAAGCGAGACUCCAUUACGUAAUGGAAGGCCUCGAGCAGAUGCCCGGGCACGAAAUCAGUUGCUUCCUCGGUAUUGGCCCAGGAUAACUGAUCAAGAAUUGCAACAAAUAUCUGGAGAUUCAAAUUCUGUGAUUACUCCUUUGUUUGAGAAGAUGUUAAGUGCUAGUGAUGCUGGAAGGAUAGGGCGCUUAGUGCUACCAAAAAAAUGUGCAGAGGCUUACUUUCCUGCAAUUUCCCAGCCAGAAGGUUUACCUCUUAAAGUCCAGGACUCAAAAGGGACGGAAUGGAUGUUUCAGUUCAGAUUCUGGCCGAAUAAUAACAGCAGAAUGUAUGUUUUAGAAGGGGUCACUCCUUGUAUACAGUCAAUGCAAUUGCAAGCUGGUGAUAUAGUAACAUUUAGUCGGAUAGAGCCAGAAGGAAAGUUAGUCAUGGGAUUCAGAAAGGCAUCAACUGCUUCAACAUCAAAUCAGGGUAGUGAAACUAUUGUUGCUGGUGAUGGAGUUCCCAUGAAUGGAAAUGUUAGUGCAAAAAAAACUAAACCUGGUGAAGUACUUUUGACUCCUCACAAAUUAAAAGGAAAUUCAAUAUCAACUGGCUUUUCAUCAAUUGACCAGGCCAAUUUAGCAGAUCAAGCAAGUCCAUGGUCUAAAGAUGAGAAAUCUGUGUCACAUUCCAAAGAAGUACUUGGAGCUAAAUCUUCUUUCCGCAGUAAGAGGAAGAACAGUACACUGAAUUCGAAGUGUAAACGUCUAAGAUUAGAAAACGAAGAUCUUGUAGAACUCCAGGUGACAUUGGAACAAGCUCUGGGACUGAUACGGCCAGCUCCAAAUUGUGUCCCAAGUGUUGUGGUAAUUGAAGGCUGUGAGUUUGAAGAAUUUGAGCAGGAUGCACCAGUUAUUGGGAGGCCUACAAUUUUUGCAACAGAUCAUAUAGGGGAAAAGAUUCAGUGGGUUCAGUGUGAAGACUGUUCCAAGUGGCGCAAAAUUCCUGCUGAUGCUUUUCUUCCUUCAAGGUGGACGUGCUCUGGAAAUACAUGGGAUCCAGAAAGAUUGUUGUGUUCAGUAGCGCAAGAGUUGACGGCAGAACAGCUUGAAGAUCUGCUACUCACUAAUGAUCAGAUUGCUUCUAAGAAAAUAAAGGCUCCUAAACAGGACCUUGAUGCAGUGGAAGCGCUAGAGGGGCUGGAUGCGCUGGCCAACCUAGCUAUCCAGGAAGAGGGUGAGUCUCUCACCUCGUCAUCGCAGGCCACCACAAAGCACCCUCGUCAUAGAGCUGGCUGCACAUGCAUUGUAUGCAUUCAACCACCCAGUGGAAAGGGGCCUAAGCACAAGCAAACAUGCACAUGUAAUGUCUGCUUGACGGUGAAGCGCCGUUUCCGAACCCUAAUGUUGCGGCGUGAAAAGAAACAAUCUGAGAAAGAAGCUGAAACUACACUUAAUCAGUCGCAACAGCAUCCAUAUUUGCCCGAGAAAUUGCCAGACGACUUUAUCCAGCUAUCUGCCAGCACAGGAAAUGGCAGUCCAAACCGGAAGACAGUGAGCAGCGAUGAGCCCGAUGAUGAUCCCAGCAGGAUAAGAUCCUCUGUUUCACCUUUCAAAGGCCAGAUUGACCUGAAUAUCCAGCCAGAAAGGGAUGAAGAUCUGUCACCUGUUUCAGAUUCUGGUGGCAUGAUAAAGUUGAUCCAGGAUGCCACCGAAACAUAUCUCAGAGAGAGGCUCUCAAGCUCUAACAACCGAAGUAGUCCGGCCAGCAAUGAGAAGCAGCUGGGUGGUGGAAUCGGACAAGGGGGAAGCUUCGGACAAGGUAUUGUCUAUGGCAGCAAGGACGGCGUGGCCGAGGCCGAGCAUUCUGUAGCUUCUUCUACAAAGCCAGUGGCAUCCUUGUCGCCUGAGAGAUAGAAGAAAACGCAGCCGCCUUCUGCUGAACCAGCAGGAUGGCUUCUGUUGUACAUUUACUGGAAAUGGCACCGCACAUGUGCAGAUUCUGUACAUAAAAAAGAGAAGUUAGGAAGAACCGGGGCAUAUGGUGUAGCAACCCAUAAUUUUGCCGAUUGAUCUGCUAUGGCUAUGUCCACGUCCUUUGCAUGAGUAGAGGCAGGCAGGCACCAGGGCGUUAAAGGGGAAAGAGAAAUGGUAACUUUGACUUGAACCAGUAGUGGGUUGAAGUCGAAGCUAGUUAGCUAUAUUUCAGAAGCUUACCAUCCUAUUUUAUAUUGUAAUUAACUAUAUAUGCUCUUCCUUUUUUUUUUGUUGCUAAACUCUGCUUUUACUUCUCCCUUU